ACUGACCGAGCUGUGCUCGCAGUGAUGCAGCCUCGCUUUUACCGGCUCCCGCUCCGCCCGUGGCUACUGAAGCGUGCAGUGGUCGUAUAUAACCGACGCUCAUGAUGUGUGCGCCAGUUUAGUCUCAGCUGCGCCGUGAGCGUCCGUGGCGAGCCGUGAGUGUUCGUGCCGCGACGUGAACGUUAGUGCAACUGCAGAGCUGUUUGUGGAGGAUUUUUGGAACGCAAUGAGGAGCACAGGAUGCGUGGUGCUGUUUGUUAUGUUCAUCUCACUGAACGGCAUUGAUGCCGAACAAACUCGCCCGAAGCGCCAGUAUGGAGCACCGCGACCGUCAGGAGGGGGACGGCAGCAGAAACAGCCGUCACCGUCCUACGGCUCCCCCGCCCCCGCCCCCGCGCAGCCCUCCUACCAGGGUUUCCAGAUCCCCUCAGCCGCUCCGAUAACCCCGACCAAUAACCAGCAGAGCUACGGUCAGCGUAGCGAGCCGAAAAACAGGCAACAGUACGGCACACCCAAACCACAGCCCAAACCCCAGUAUGGCACUCCUAAACCUGCGCCCAAACCCCAGCCCCAGUAUGGAGCUCCUGCUCCUCAGCCGAAACCUCAGCCCCAAUAUGGAGGUCCUGCCCCUGCUCCUGAACCAAAGCCUCAGCCCCAGUAUGGGGCUCCUGCUCCUCAGCCGAAACCUCAGCCUAAACCCCAGUAUGGAGCCCCUCCUUCUCAACCUGAACCUAAGCCCCAAGAUGGAGGUCCUGCUCCUGCUCCUGAACCAAAACCUCAACCCCAGUAUGGAGCUCCUGCUCCUCAGCCGAAACCUCAGCCUAAACCCCAGUAUGGAGCCCCUGCUCCUGCUCCCGAAUCUAAGCCCCAAUAUGGAGGUCCUCCCCCUGCUCCUCAACCUAAACCUCAGCCCCAAUAUGGAGGUUCUGCCCCUACUCCUGAAUCAAAACCCCAGCCCCAGUAUGGAGCUCCUGCUCCUCAGCCGAAACCUCAGCCUAAACCUCAGUAUGGAGCCCCUGCUCCUCAACCUAAGCCCCAGUAUGGAGGUCCGCCUCCUGCUCCUGCUCCUAAGCCCCAGCCCCAGCCCCAGUAUGGAGCUCCUGCUCCUGAGCAGAAGCCCCAGCCUCAGUAUGACUCUCCUAAACCUCAGCCUAAGCCUCAGCCCCAGUAUGGAGCCCCUGCUCCCGAGCCAGAACCUAAGUCCCAGUACAAUGCCCCAGCGCCACAGCAGUACAGUGCCCCUGCGCCUGCGCCUGCUCCUGCCCCAGCGCCCCAGCAGUAUAACGCUCCUGCCCCAGCCCCUGCUCCUCAACAAUACAGUGCACCUGCCCCUUCACCCGCCCCUCAACAGUACAACGUCCCUGCCCCUGCCCCUGGCCCAGCGCCCCAGCAGUAUAACGCUCCUGCCCCAGCCCCUGCUCCUCAACAAUACAGUGCCCCUGCCCCUGCCCCUGGCCCAGCGCCUCAGCAGUAUAACGCUCCUGCCUCUGCCCCGGCUCCUCAACAAUACAACGCCCCUGUCCCUGCCCCCGCCCCUGCGCCCGCGCCCCAGCAGUAUAGUCCUCCUGCUCCCGCUCCCAAGCCAAGCCAGAGUUACGGACAGCCGGCAUCGCAGCCAUCAUACCAGUCACAGCAGCAGGAGGGCAAAGGUAACGACCAGGCAUCAUCAGAAUACGGUCCGAAGUACCGCGACCCCGGCCAGGGCGAGCCUGGCCAGGGAGGCUUCAUCAUGCCCUGGGACGUGCCGCAGCCCAUCCAGACAGCGCUCAAGAGCGGCCUGAAACCAGGCUGGUGAGCGGGGUCACCGCCAGGUGGCAGCAGGGGUUUGUGUCAUCGGUGGUGUGAGAAAUGUUCAAUAGAUGGCGCUGCAAGAAUGGGCGGCUGUAAUAUCAAUGUACACUGUUGGAUGGAGUGAUUGCUAAGCAUGAUGUGAUCAGUUGCUACAUGAAUUACAUGUGUGCAGCUGUUUUGUGAGCGAUUUGAACAUGCGUCCAACUAAAACGACUGCUUAAUCUGAAAAUGCUCUAACUGAAGUGAAAUGUGAAUGGAACGACAGAUUUUCAGUUGCUUUAUUAUUGGCGAUAAGGAAGAAAUUAUGGAGAGAAAAUGUUUUUCGUAGAGGCUUAGAGAAUGAUAAGGAACAAUCGAAUGUUACAUUUCACUUCCUUGUACCCCUAGGGUUCGAGUCGUGUUUGUGUCAUUAGUAAGUGUGGAUGUGUCACAUCAAGUAUUCGUAGUGAGUAGCCCUAUUUAUGGUAUCGUCUUUCAUAUGGCGGUAGUGGUCGAAGUUAUUCGAAACAUCUGACGAAAUACACAUAAAACAUCAUGUCAAA